CACACCGUCUGUGGUCGCUCUCUCUCUCUCUCUCUCCCAUUCAAAGCUCGCAACUCGUCCUCCUCCUAUUUAACGAGAACGUAGAGAGCUCUCUCUCUCUCUCAGAUCCUCAUAUUCCCACCGUCCUCCCAACCCAACCCAACCCAACCCACAAGAUAGAAUAAUCAGAGACCAUUAGUUGGUGCCCAUGGGAACAGUUGUUAACGCUGCCAACAAGGAGGAGGCUAAUCGAAGCUUAGCCGAUCUGAAUCCUACUGUUGUUUUCGUCUUGGGUGGCCCAGGCAGUGGAAAGGGUACCCAAUGCGCAAACAUUGUUCAGCACUUUGGGUUUACACAUCUGAGUGCUGGUGAUCUACUACGAGCAGAAAUCAAGUCUGGUUCUGAAAAUGGAACCAUGAUUUCGAACAUGAUAAAAGAAGGAAAAAUUGUUCCAUCGGAAGUAACAAUUAAGCUUCUCCAGAAAGCAAUGCUGGAGAGUGGUAAUGACAAAUUUCUUAUCGAUGGGUUUCCUCGUAAUGAAGAAAACCGUUCUGCAUUUGAGGCUGUGACUAAAGUCGAGCCUUCAUUUGUCCUGUUUUUUGAUUGUUCUGAAGAAGAGAUGGAGAGGCGCCUUUUGAGUAGGAACCAGGGAAGAGAAGAUGACAACAUAGAAACAAUAAGGAAGCGGUUUAAGGUUUUUCUAGAGUCUAGUCUCCCAGUGAUAGAAUACUAUAACUCCAAGGGGAAAGUUCGGAAGAUUGAUGCUGGAAGGCCUGUUGAAGAGGUUUAUGAGUCAGUAAAAGCCAUUUUUGCCCCGAAAGAUGAGAAGAUUGAUGCUGGAAGACCUGUUGAAGAGGUUUUUGAGUUGGAAAAUGAGAAGGCUGAUUAAUUACAACAAUGGGGAAUUCAAGACUUCAGAUUUUAUAAUUAUUGAGGGUUGUGACAGUUGGUUGAGAAUCUAAGAGCAGAUAAAUUGCUGCAUUCUAUUUUAAUGAUAAGUGGAAGUUCUAUCUUUACACUCUCAGCAUAAAUCAUAAACUAGAGCUGUAAAGUGUCUUGUAUAACUUUCUGUACAACUUUUGGUGAAAAUUUUGAAUUUGUUUACAAUUACUCUCUGUGGUCUGAGAUGCUCGAGCAGUUAAAUGAAACUAAGUUUGCUAUUGUUGAUAUUCAAAUGCUCAUGCUUAUCUCAGUAGUACAAAAAAUAGUUUUUCAAGCUUAAAGCAAAGGAUUUACACGUAUAUCCAUAGUAGCGUUCUUAGAAAUCAAAUACAUGCAUGCAAACAGGUACUCUUACUGUU